AUGUCAAGCAGUACGCCUAAGGAACGCGCGGACAAUAUAGGGAGCGAUAGUGAAGAAGAGGAUGUCUUUCAUGAUGCUAGAUUUCCUGCCGAGGAAGAAGCUCAACUCCUAGAGGAAUCUCACUCUAUAAAAGCUGAAGCUAAUAAACUAUUUACCGCGGCUUGCUACGACCAAGCGAUAUCCUGCUACGAUCGUGCCCUUGCCUCGUGUCCGAAUUACCUCGAUUACGAAGUCGCGGUGCUACGGAGUAAUAUGGCUGCGUGCUACCUGAAGCUGGAAGACUGGAAAGCCUCUGUUGAUUCAGCAACAGCAUGUCUCGACUGUCUAGAGAAAGUGGUCCCAUCGGCGACUGAGAGGACGGAUGCUCCCCAAGAAAAGCAGCAAGAGUCGGGCUCGACAGAUUCCGUGGUGGAGAUAACAUGUGAUGAUGAAGAGGCAGAACAAGAAGAGCUCAAGCGGUUGCAGAAGGUUAACGAAAGGAAGAAUGACGUUAUGCGGAUUCGGGCAAAGGCACUUAUGCGACGUGCACGAGCAAAGUCGCAGCUUAGCGGAUGGGGGAACCUGCAAGGAGCCGAAGAAGACUACAAGUUACUUGCCAGUAUGGACAAUCUAUCGCUCGAUGAUAGGCGCAUUGUGCAAAAGGCUCUCCGGGAGCUUCCGGAUAAGAUAGCCAAGGCAAGAGAAAAAGAAAUGGCGGAGAUGAUGGGCAAAUUGAAAGAUCUGGGUAACGGGAUCCUUAAACCAUUUGGGCUUUCGACCGAUAAUUUCAAAUUCACCCAGGAUCCGAAUACGGGUGGAUAUAGCAUGAACUUCCAAUCUUAA